GCCAUUUGGACAAACAGCUCACACACUGCAGGGAUCACUUGUGGCCGAGACAAGCAAAGAGCUUCACGACUGGGAAAUACUCCAGCACCGACAAGUGGACAGCCAUGCUGCGGUUAGACAGUGGAUCCAGCUGGACUUGGAUGUUUUGACGUAAAUUGGAAGAGACAAAAGGAGGAUCUAUACACGUAUGAACAGCUGGACUCAGCACGGUCCAGGUCUCAGACAAGAAACCCCUAAGUGGUCCAGAACGUUGGAUUAAAAGUGCUGAUCUUCUGUCCAUCGUCAAACUUGUCAUUAUGGGAUCCUCCACAUUGGGAAAGGCAGCAUCUCUUGAUGCUAUCUUAAAUGAAUGCGUUCAGGUAUUCGAUGACAGUGGGGAGCUGCAGGACAGCCUGCUUCCUCGCAGCCUGCUGCUGAUGCACCGCUGGUAUGUUACAUCCUCAGAACUGGCAGGAAAACUACUCAUGAUGUACCGUAACUGCAAAGGGGACAACUGCCAGAGAACUAGACUGAAGAUCUGUUAUUUAAUGAGGUACUGGAUAGUGACGUUCCCUGCAGAGUUCAACCUGGACCUGGUUCUGAUCAGGAUAACACAAGAGUUCAGAGACGUGGCGGGUCAGCUUGGCUACGAGGAGCAUUUCAAACUCAUAGACAUCUCCACCAUUCCGUCUUAUGAUUGGAUGCGUAAGCUGACUCAGCGGAAGAAGCAGGCUAAGAAAGGCAAGGCCUCGCUGCUGUUUGACCACCUGGAGCCAAUGGAAUUGGCUGAACAUCUCACCUUCCUAGAGUUCAAGUCCAUCCGGAGAAUAUCGUUCACUGACUACCAGAGCUACGUGAUCCACAGCUGCCUGGUGGACAACCCCACUCUGGAGCGCUCCAUUGCACUGUUCAAUGGAGUCUCGCAGUGGGUUCAGCUCAUGGUGCUCAGCAAGCUAACACCUCAGACCCGUGCAGAAGUCAUCACCAAAUACAUCCAUGUGGCUCAGAAACUUCUGCAGCUGCAGAACUUCAACACCCUGAUGGCAGUGGUGGGGGGACUGAGUCAUAGCUCCAUAUCUCGCCUGAAGGAGACACACUCUUAUCUGGCUCCAGAGGUUGUGAAGAUCUGGCGGGAGAUGACAGAGUUGGUUUCUUCCAGCAACAACUACUGCUGCUACAGGAAGGCCUUCACAGAGUGCCAGGGCUUUAAAAUCCCCAUCCUUGGUGUGCACCUCAAGGACCUAAUUGCAGUUCAUGUGAUCUUCCCUGACUGGGUGGAAGACAGUAAUAAGGUGAAUCUGGUGAAGAUGAAUCAGCUCUACAUGACCUUCAAUGAGCUGGUGUCAUUGCAGAGUGCAGCAGCCCAAGUGGAGCCCAACAUGGACCUCAUUUACCUGCUAACUCUUUCUUUAGACCUUUACUACACAGAAGAUGAGAUUUAUGAGCUGUCAUUGCUCAGGGAACCUCGGAACCCAAAAUCACUGAUUUCUUCUCCAACAACUCCCAGUAAACCGAUGGCCCCACUGGACUGGGCCUCUGGUGUCACCACCAAACCAGACCCCUCAGUGGUCAAUAAACACAUCAGGAAGGUGGUGGAUUCUGUCUUCAGGAAUUAUGACCAUGACCGUGAUGGUUAUAUCUCUCAAGAGGACUUUGAGAACAUCGCUGCUAACUUCCCCUUCCUGGACUCCUUCUGUGUUUUGGACAAAGAUCAAGAUGGACUGAUAAGUAAGGAUGAGAUGAUGGCGUAUUUUCUGCGGGCUAACCCACUGCUCCAAUGUGAGAUGGGACCCGGAUUCAUCCACAACUUCCAGGAGAUGACGUACCUGAAACCCACCUUCUGUGAACACUGUGCUGGAUUUCUGUGGGGAAUCAUCAAGCAGGGCUACAAAUGCAAAGACUGUGGCGUUAACUGUCAUAAACAGUGCCGGGAGCUGCUGGUUCUGGCCUGUAGGAAGUUGCUGCGCUCUGGCUCUGUGGGCAGUGUUUCUCCUGACAGACUGACCCACAGCUCACUGCCGAGUAGCCCUGCACUGCCCACCUGCAAAGAUGAUGAGGUGUUUGACUUCUCUGGUGUCACAUCAGCAGCUGCAGCUCUGGACACUCAGUCCAUCACACUGAUGACCGGUUCAGCCCAGAGAAUCUCUGUGCGUCUACAGAGAGCCACCAUCAGCCAGGCCACGCAGACAGACCCACUGUGGCCCGAACACAGCUGGGGCGCCACCGACAGCAUCUCCCACACCUUCCCCAAAAUGAAGUAUAGAUCUCACAGGAAGACUUCCAAAAAUAAAGGUUUCGCGUUCUGGGAAAACCAGAAUUGCCGAGAGCACAAGGUGGUGUCAUCGCGGUGCAGCUUGGCGUCGCAGCAGAAGUUUGAUGUCUCAGGAGAACUUGUACAGAACGGGAUCACACGCAGAGAGGACAGCUGACUUGGUGAGGGCCAAUCCCGAGGCUCCAGGAAAUCCCUGCCAUCAGGCAGCAGGAAGUUGUUCUACCUGGGGGAGGUGCUGAGCUGCCUGAGGUGCCCCCUCAGUGACCCGGGGACAUCACGUCCUCUCUAGCCUUCAACUCAGACACGGCUGCACGAGGACACUGUGUAUCAGGGGGAGCAGCUCAGUGGAUAACGGUCUAAUACCCACUUUGAAUCAUGUGGAAUAUCAUGUCCCGUCUGGGAAUCAGUUAUGGUGGAGCUUACUGGUCCGGGAUGUACAAAAAAACAGUCAGAGGCAUUUUUAAACUUAACGGUUCAGUUAAGUUAAACAAUUUAUAUCCACUGGCUUUAAGUCAAAAUCCCGCUGGAUGUGAGGAAAGCAAGUUCCAAGUGACCAAUCAGUGCACGGCAGUCUGACGACAUCAUGGUGGAUAGUAUCAGCU